AUGGAUGAUCAGUCUGCUUCCAGCAUGGUUGCUAAUAGCAAUAGCAUGAAGAUGGAUUCUGUUGAUAGGUUUGCAGUCCUGGCAAGCAUAGGGGAUGAAUGCAUAAAGGAAGUUGAAAUUCAGGUCUUGCUGAAAGGAAAGGCAACACCUGUUUGUUAUGUUUGGUUUGAACCAUCUUCCGAGAUGACAAUAGCUGAGGGAAUCAUGAAGACAAUGUAUGUCAAUAAGAUGGUCAAAGCUGGUUGCACAGUUAAAGUUUUGAUGGCCGAUCUGUUUGCCCGAAACAAGAAGAUUGCAUACAAUCUAGAUCGAGCACGAGCCAUCGGUUGCUACAAUAUUGAGUUGUGGAAAGCACUUGGCAUGGAUCUUGGUAAAGUGGGGUUUAUGUGGUUAUCAGAUGAAUUAAAUCACCAUCCAGCUGAUUAUUGGCUACUUGCACUGGAUGUCUCCAGGAAAAAUGAUGUGGAUCAGUUAUCAAGGUGUCGCAAGAACAUGGACAUGGAACCGCAUGAACUAGAAAUUUUUCCUGUGGCUGAGAUAUUUUACCCUUGCAUACAGGUUGCUGCCUUAUUAAGCCAGAAGUUACAGGUGGAUAUGUGGCUCUUAAGUAUUGAUGAUCGAGAUGUGGGCAAGUUGGCUAAAUUGUAUGCAAAGAGAGCAAAUAGGGAAAACAAUCUAACUAUUUUGUUCCACAGAUACCCUGAGUUGCAUGACAAGGGAGGUUUGGCACAGAAUAUACUCAUGGAAGAUGAAGUGGAUACUUUAAGUUUUAAAAUGAGGAGAGUUUUCUGCCCUCUGAAUGUAGCAUCAGUCAACCCUUGUUUGGAGUAUAUCAGAUAUGUAAUCCUCCCUUGGUUUGGAACAUUUGAGGUAGUUCUGAAGGAAGGGGAUGGUGGAAGCAAGACAUUUUCAAGUAUGGAAGAACUUAUUUUCAGUUAUGAAAAUGGUGUGAUUGAUUCUGCAAAUGUAAAACUAGCUUUUGGGAGGGCAUUGAACAAGAUUUUGCAGGUUCAGGACAAACGUGAGACUAUUUAA